AUGCAGCUGGAGCUUAUAGUCUACCAGAUUUUGAUAUCGCGAUUUGAACAAUUAGCAGAAGGAUACAAAAUAUCGCGAUUUGAACAAUUAGCAGAAGGAUACAAAGAAAAGCUAAAAUUUUGCAAAGAAUUUUGUGAUCAAACAAAUGCAAAUAGUGGUGCUCUGAUACUGAAACCACAAGUAAGAAAUGGACCGCUGGAAGCAAUACGUCUUGUUCAGCCAUCGAAUGUACCCGUCCUUCGUUUUGGCUCUUAA